UGUAUACCAACUUGGCGGCAGUUAACGGAGAAGCGUGGUUGGCGGAAGGUUGUAUGUUUCUGUUGUUCCGCGCAUUCGUGUCGUAUCGAAAUGAAGUUGAGUUACUUUUGUGAGAAGCUAGUGUUGCCACAAGCUGCAGCUAAUGAACGUGACUGUCGCUGAACUCCCGCAGGAAAAUAAAACGUAGGCAUCCUGUUUCAUCAAAGGUCAGCAUGUACCAGGGAAGAAGUGGAAUCGAUGGAACGAUGAAACAGCUGUGUGCGGUGACUGUAUUCCUGCACAUGGCAUUUCUUGUGCUCGGUUCGAAUGUUGGUAACUCCACAUCAUCAAUAACAGAAGAACCCAAGCCGCCAUUCAAGUGUUUUCACCAGCCACUCGCAGCCUGCAACCUGAUUGGGUGCAGAUAUUUAAAUGGGUCACAAGACACUGCCGUGUGCUGCCACCUGACGCAAUUCCAAUUCAAAGAAAAAAUGGCGGUACUUCAGCAGAACAGAAACCUAACAAGACUGCAUAUCAUGAAUGCAACAGUGGACGAUCUCAACAUGAACCUGUUCUGGCUGUCUAACCUGGAAUCUCUAGCGUUUACUGAUGGCCACGUUGCAAGAGUCGUGAGGCUGAACCACACGAACCUCACGAACCUCACGAAUCUAAGGUGCCUCAAUCUGUCGAGCAACCACAUCACAGAGGUCGACGGCGGGAUUGCACGGGAACUUCCAAGCCUUUUACAGUUGGACCUCUCAAACAAUAACAUCACAAAUUUCUCAUUUGAGCUUCCAGAGAAUGGUAGCAACAGCUCCGUCUCCCACUUCUGGCUUGAUAUCUCAAAUAACACGCACCUCUGGUGUUCCAACAUAACACAACUCAAAUCUGGAGUACGUGGUACAUGGAACCUUCAUAUCUUGAACCAUAACUGCACCGUAUGCAUGGUGCAGAGAGAUGAAUUUUGGUUCAAAUUUCAGGAGACAAUUCUGUUUGAUCAUAUUGGAGAUGUCGAACAGGUGGAAGAAGACUGUAAGAAAACAAAGACACCGUGCACAUGUCUACCGUACCGAUAUUUGUACACAUCUGUGUAUCAGAAUCACGAUUCUAUGACUAUAAGUGUCAAUUGUUCAGGGAAAAAUCUUACAUCACUUCCCGAUAUUCCACCACACACCAUAGUUCUGAACAUCUCCAACAACAACAUUACAAAUCUGAAGCGAAUCAGAAUUGAUCCAAACUACCAGGAACUUCGAGAACUCCACGCAGAAAACAACCAAAUCGUGUCGAUGCAUGAAAUUGAAGCUUCUAAUUUUAUUAAGAACUUUCAGGUCCUUGAUAUUCGAGCAAACAAGUUAACUGAGAUAGAAACUUACAUUUACAAUAAUGCCUUUGAAUUUGAUAACAACAAAAAAGUGAAACUUGCUGGAAACAAAGUUAUGUGCGACUGUAGCACGGCUCAACAUGUCAGGAUGUGGCUGUUGAAGAAUCGAAAACAUAUUGACGACUACAAUGAAAUUCGGUGUGAAAAUUUCGAUGAUAAGGUGAUGGAUUUAGAUCAGAACAAGGUCUGCACGUAUCCUCGUGUGUGGACAGACUAUAUCAACUACAUCCUCGCAAGUGAGGUGGUACUAUUGCUGCUCCUCAUCAGUAAAGUCUCUUACGACUACUGGAUAUUCCGUACUGCAGGGUACCUGCCGUGGCCUGCUUCCAAGAUGCCUAAAAUGCCCUGUGACUGGGUAUUUGAAACUUGAACGGUGUUAACUGUUUAACAUCUUAUUACAACUGCCUUACGUGAAUUGUUCACCUGAUACGGUAUGAUAGGUUUCAUGGUGCCGUGGAUAUCGGUCACGGCUAUUGAUUGUCAGAAGACGCGGUGCAAAUAUGAAUGUUUGUGCACAGGGAAGUGGCAAAGAAUCGUCUGUAAUUUGCAACUCUUGACAUUUUUGGAGAGAAAUGAAAAUUCAGAGGAUGCUGAUGUGGUGACAGAUAUCUCAUUUGGAGUUGUGUGGUGAUGUGUGGGGGAAUGUAAAUUGAAUUAAGUACCUGAUAAACACGUGAAAUAAUAAUCUCUAACUUGAGAAACCUAAGUUGCUGCACUGUUAAAAAAUGUUUUGUAGGAGCGUUCCUGAGUGAUGUUCGAAUUCAUGCACAAGAGAGAAAAAUGAUUAAUUCUUAAAAAAUCAGAGCAGACAUUAUCAUGUCUCGAGGAGAGGUGUACUGAAAAUUAUUUAAAAGGAACUUAAGACAUGGAAAACCUGUGUAGGAGGAUACGCAAGUUAUGAUGGGAUGCGAUAAUACGUUGUGAUUGCCGACUUAGGAAACAAGAAAGUCUGGUGUGAACCAGUUGUGAUGAAAGUAUCUACUUUGCUUUAAAAUAACUUAUUGGGUUUGCUUUGUGAUAAACCUGUUAUUAUGAAAUACCCAGUUUAUAAAGUGUUUUGUUAAACUUUAUAUGUUUACAAUUUAAAAUUCCGAUUUGAGUGCGAUGAAACAUGAAGAAAAAGUAUGGAACAGCUUCUUUGUUAAUUAAACGGAUAAUUUUGCUACAUUGAAUGUUAUACAUUGUGAUAUGCCUGUGUAUUACAGUAGAGUCCUGAUUAUGUGACCUAAAUGGGACAGAAAGAUUGCUGGAUAAUCGAAGAUAUCGGAUAAUAUAAAAGACUAAUAAAAGAGAUGGGAGUACAUAUCAAACUCAAUUUAUGAUAUUAUUAGAUUUUGAAGAAAAUACAAUAUGACAUCAAAUCUCACAAACAAAAGUAAUAUUUAACAUAAUGUAAAAUUGUCUACUUCAGUCUGUUUACAUCCUUAAUUUAUCAAGAACAGUAUUUUAUCUUUUAAAGUAAACAUAUCGAGCAUGGUAUUUAAUCCUUGAAAGUUACUGUGCUCAAAGUUCAUUCAUAUUUUGGGAUCUCUUUUAAUUUAGUGCUUCUGUUCAUCGGUUACUGUUCAUGUGACUAUUGAAAUUGUCUACUUACAUCUGAGUGAUGGAUAUGUGUUAUUACUCUGAAUUUAGAAACUGUUUGUGAACUACAUUUGUGUAUGGCUUUCAAUGUAAAUUUUAUUCUUUGUUGAUAUGGACAGCUACGGAUGCUGUUCUGUUAACUUGAAGCUGGGGGCGGUAAGGGGAGAGGGAUCUCGAAGUCCUAUUGCGACCUUGAAACAUGCAAUUUAGUGAUGGUGGGUAUACAUAGCACUGUAGAAUAAUAAUUUUUAUUUAUAACUAACAAAAUUUUUAGUUCCAUGUUCCAUUUCUGUGGCUAAAUAUCUUAUGCUAACAAGUUGUUACUAUCACCCUCUUUUUUUUGGGGGGGGGGGGGGGUUGUGGAAUUUGAUGUCACUGGACAACUUGAGAAUUUUUGCAUCAUCCCUUGUCAUAUUAAAUAUGUUUGAUAAUAUAUUUCAUACUUCGUUACACAUAAAUUUUUAUUUGAAAUGUUCAGUUUGGGUUUUGCGAAAUCUUUUUGGUUUUAUCGUCGACUGCAUAAAGGUGUACUGUUAUGAAUAAACAUGUUUAGAUUAGCUGUAAUUUGAAUAUUUAUAGAUUUAUUUAAAGUAUACAGUGAUCACAGUGGGAGACCAAUAGGGUAUCAGUGCUUAAAAGACCUGCUUGCAAUUUUAUCAAUCCAUGAAACAGAAAAAACACAAAAUGAAAAGUUUCCAUUCAACAAAUCCACUGUAACUUCAAAGAAGUCUGUCAUCCAACCGUAGUACAACAGCAGAAUUUAAUGCGUUAACUGCCUAUAACUUCUUGGAUACAAUUUGUUAAAUGGAUAUAAAUGAUGACUUAUGUUCCACCAAAGAUUGAGCAGAAAAUCUAGCAAUGGUGAUAUUAAGUUAUAUAAUUUAUUUUACUUGCUUUAUGCAUCAAUUGUACAGAUUUUUGAUAUACCACUUCCAAUUGUACUUUCUGUUUUGAAAUUUUGGCUAAAUAAUGUUUUACCUAAACUGAAAUUCAUGUUUAAAUUGGUAAAUAUUAUUUCUUAUAUAAUAUGGUCUUGUAGUAUAUUUAUGAAAUCUCUCAUGCAACAAUACAUUCUGUACAUUUGUUACUGCAGAAUGUCAGGCACUGAAAGAUAAAAAUUAAAAAUAUUUUUCAAUAAAGGAGUUACAGAAAAUAUGACAUGAAUCUCGAGCCAAGUCCUGCUAAUAGUCACAAGUCAAGGAAAUCCACACAUUUUAUAGAACUUGAAAGAACAAAACCAUGUUCACAGUAGUCAGUUACUGAUCCCUAUUCUUCAUCAGAUGAAUGCAGACUCAACACUCAAAAUGUGUUCUAGCAAAUGAAAAGAAAUCAAGUACGUAUUUAACCCUUUGGCGAUUGUAUGCACAUUUACGUAUAAAUAAAUUGUUUAGAAGUCA